AUGACGCUCACCCGCGAGAUCAUCUACUCGGACGACUUCCCCCUCAAGCCGCAUAACGCACCCGCAGUCAAGGUCCCCGGGCUCGUCUUCCUCGCGGGCCAAACGGCCACGGGCGAGAUCAAGGCCGCAACCGCGACGGCGCUGAAGAACCUGGCUGCCGUGCUCGAGCUCUCCGGGAGCAGCGUGGACAAGAUUGUCAAGGUCAACGUGUGGCUCCAGGACAUGGCCGACUUUGCCGCCAUGAACGAGGUGUACAUUGACGUGAGUGGCGCGAAAGCCAAGUCGAGGGUCGCGGCACUCACGAACCAGUUCUUCCCCAAGCCGUGCCCCGCGCGCACGUGUAUCCAGGCCGGGUGCCUGCCUGGCGGGUCAUCGAUAGAGAUCGAGGCUAUCGCGCAGGUGUAG